AUGGGUACCGAUACAUUGGGAUCUGUAAGAGAUAAUUAUUCAAAGCGAAAGAGCAGAGAACAAUCCUCAACCGAAUUUGCUUUCAAGCCAAUAGCUUUCACCAGACAAAUUGAUGUUGGAGCUCCACCUAGAGCUGGAGCUUUCACACACAGGUCACUGAAAUGUGACACUCAGUUCAAGAUAUUUUAUAAUCGUGGAGACUUUCCGAUAGCUUUGGAACACGAUAGCAAAGGAAAUAAAAUCGCAUGGAAGGUGGAAAUAGAAAAACUUGAUUACCACCAUUACUUACCCCUAUUUUUUGAAGGUCUUGCAGAAACUGAACAUCCGUAUGAAUUCUUUGCACGGCAAGCUCAUAAUACCAAUCAAAUCAGCUCUUAA